AUGGCGGCUGUACAAGACGGACCGAUUGAACCUGAGAGUGAGAAAGAAUCGAAAACAGACGCACUGGGAGAUGGAUCAGGAAAUGUCAGUGGCAGCAAUACAGUUGGGGGUACACUGUCCUCUUCUCCUGUUACAGCCUCAGCUACUGCGACGCCAGCAACGAACACAGCGGCAACAGGAGGAGAUGAACAGCAGACUUUGCUCAUGGUGCUGCAGUUCCUCAAGAAGAAUAAGCUGACCGAAUCUGUGGAGGUGCUUCGUCGUGAGGCAGGUUUAGCGGACAGUGUAGACGACACACAAGGUUCGGAAGCAGACGGAGGUGGACAGGGCUCUGCAGCUAACGUCAGUGCGGAUGCCGGGGAUGCUAAUUCUCUGCUUAGCCGGGUAGCCAUUGCUACAGCCGCCUCUCAAAGCACCGCAGCUUCAACACCAGCAAAAGUGGGCGGGGAGGAUCAACCGGACGUGAAUGUCGUACUAUCCGCGUACAGUCAACAGGGGGACCCUGCUCUGUACCAGGCUUACUAUAGCGGGUUGAAGAACUUCAUCGAGUCGGUCCUCGACUGUCACCGAGCCGAACUUUCUCAGCUUUUCUAUCCUCUUUUUGUUCACAUGUACCUGGAACUGGUCUACAACAACCAUGAAAACGAAGCGAAAGCCUUCUUUGAAAAAUUCAGCGGGGACCAGGAAUGUUAUUACCAGGACGACCUGCGGGUGUUGUCUGGCCUUACGAAGAGAGAGCACAUGAAAGGUAAUGAGACCCUGCUGGACUUCCGCACCAGCAAGUUUGUCCUGCGGAUCUCCAGGGACUCCUACCAGCUCCUGAAGCGGCACCUUCAGGAACGCCAGAACAACCAGAUCUGGAACAUCAUCCAGGAACACCUGUACAUUGACAUCUUUGACGGGAUGCCCCGUAGCAAGAGCCAGAUAGACAGCAUGUCUGGGAGUCUGGCCGGAGAGGCAAAGCGUGAAGCCAACAAAGCCAAGGUAUAUUUUGGGCUGCUGAAAGAGCCAGAGAUCGACGUUCCAUUAGACGAUGAAGAUGAUGAUGCGGAAAAUGAAGAAGGCAAGCCCAAGAAGAAGAAACCGAAGAAGGACAACAUGGGCUCCAAGAGUAAAAAACAAGAUCCAAAUGCCCCUCAACAGAACCGGAUUCCUCUGCCAGAACUGAAGGAUUCAGAUAAACUGGAUAAGAUCAUGUAUAUGAAAGAAGCCACCAAACGAGUCCGACUGGGCCCAGACAUUCUCCCCUCCAUAUGCUUCUACACAUUCCUCAACGCCUAUCAGAGUCUUACAGCGGUCGACUUCACGGACGACUCCAGCCUGAUUGCCGGAGGCUUCGCUGAUUCCACGGUGCGCGUGUGGAGCGUCACACCCAAGAAACUGCGGCGGGUCAAAUCGGCGGCGGAUCUGAGUCUAAUAGAUAAGGAGUCAGAUGACGUGCUGGAGAGGAUCAUGGACGAGAAGACAGCCAGCGAGUCAAAGGUUCUGUACGGACACAGCGGCCCGAUAUACGGGAUCAGCUUCAGUCCUGACCGGAACUACCUGUUGUCUAGUUCUGAGGACGGCACCGUUCGAUUGUGGAGUCUCCAGACGUUCACCUGCUUGGUCGGUUACAAAGGACACAACUACCCCGUGUGGGACACGCAGUUCUCUCCACACGGCUAUUACUUUGUAUCAGGAGGACACGACAGAGUGGCUCGCCUCUGGGCGACCGACCACUAUCAGCCGUUACGCAUAUUUGCCGGACAUUUGGCAGACGUCACCUGCACGCGUUUCCACCUCAACUCCAACUACGUGGCCACCGGCUCUGCCGACCGCACCGUUCGACUGUGGGACGUCCUGAACGGAAGCUGCGUCCGCAUCUUCACCGGGCACAAGGGACCCAUCCAUUCUCUGGCCUUCUCGCCCAACGGGAAGUUCCUUGCGUCCGGAGCGACGGACGGGAGAGUUUUGCUCUGGGAUAUCGGCCACGGUCUGAUGGUCGGGGAACUGAAAGGUCACACGGACACGAUCUACUCUCUGAAGUUCAGCAGAGACGGGGAGAUCCUCGCAUCAGGGUCGAUGGAUAACACAGUUCGUCUGUGGGACGCCACGAAGGCUUUCGAUGACGUGGAGACAGAUGACUUCACCGCGGCAACGGGUCACAUCCACCUCCCUGACAACUCCCAGGAGCUCCUGCUGGGCACCUACAUGACAAAAUCUACGCCCGUCAUCCACCUGCACUUCACCCGACGUAACCUACUGCUCGCUGCAGGCGCCUACAACUCACAGUGAGGCCCGUCUGGACUGGUCUGAUGUACAGUACUGCUGGACCCAUUACCCUGACACCUCUGAUGUAACUGGUCAGCGGCUAAUCAAAUCCUCGAUUAGUCGUGUGAAAUGUGUUACUGUUGAACAAGAACCAGAAUGUCCGAUUGCGUGAGUCCAGAGAGAAUGAGAUGAGAGAAACUGAUGUUAACUUGUCUGUGACCAGUGAAUACAGUGAGUCCACUGUAAGAGAAACUACAUGGAGAUCCUAAGCUACAGGUAACCUUCUGGAGAGCUGGUGCUUACACAGACAAGAGAGGCGGACCCGUUUGAACCAGCCAGUGAAGUGCAGGGCUGAUCUUCUCUCCAAAUGGGUUCUGUCAGAUCUGUUUUAAACCAACUGACGCACAGGGAUUCUGGGGAUGAUUCAGUAUUGUUUGGUAUAUGCAAAUAACUUGUUUACCUACAUCGUUAAGCUUGUCGUCCCAAGAGAAGAAAAGGUUUUUUUUUUUUUUAAAGAUCUCGCUAAACAUCCAUCAAGCUUGACACAACAACAACGUUAAACUAAUUUUUGUUUUAACCAUGUCACACACUGACACAAACUGGCCUUGCCUUACAGCUGGGCCAGAUUCUCUUAAGAUCUGAUUCCAAUCCAAACACCAAAACAUUUCUUUUAGGACAUCACUGCCAAUGUUAGU